AUGGGCCAAGGGUUUUCCCUGGCGACGCCUGCCGCAGGUGCUGCUGGUAUAGAUAUAGCACAGCUUCAGGACAUCCAGUAUGAACGGAGCAUCGGCAAUGCCCGCUUCAUGAAGAGCAUCCGGGCGCGCCAUGAGAGUGGCGUUGUCCUGGUCAAGACUCUCGUCAAGCCCUUUGCCGACGUCAAACUUGACAAAUACAAGAAGCAGAUAUUGGAACAGAGAAAGGCGCUUGCUGGCGUUCCCAACGCGCUGGGCUUCCAACGAGUUAUCGAGACCGAAACAAACGGUUACCUUGUCCGACAGUUCCUAUACAACUCUCUAUAUGACCGACUCAGUAAUAGACCAUUCUUGGAAGAUAUCGAAAAGAAAUGGCUUGCGUUCCAGUUGCUUUGUGCACUCCGCGAUUGCCACACUCGCGAUGUCUACCACGGCGACAUCAAGGCACAGAAUGUCCUGGUCACCUCCUGGAAUUGGCUAUAUCUUACCGACUUCUCGUCUCCUUUUAAACCCGUCAUGCUACCAGAUGAUAACCCUGGCGACUUUUCAUACUUUUUCGACUCAUCUGGCCGACGUACUUGUUACGUCGCACCAGAGCGAUUCUACGGCCCGGAUGAAGAACCUCCCGCGAACCCCAAGAUGACAUGGGCAAUGGAUAUUUUUAGUGUUGGGUGCGUCAUCGCGCAGCUUUUCUUGGAGUCAGAGCUUUUCAGCCUGGCUCAGCUUUACAAAUAUAGACGCGGAGAGUAUGAUCCUGUGAUCACCCAUCUAAGCGUCAUAUCGGACAAAGAGGUUCGCGACAUGAUUGCACACAUGAUACAGCUGGACCCUGAGAAGAGAUAUUCAGCAGAUCAGUACCUGGACUUCUGGAAAGGAAAAGUCUUUCCGGCCUACUUUUACAACUUUUUGCACCAGUACAUGGAGCUUGUCACCGACCCAUCCUCUGGGAACAACCCCAUGUCAAGCUCGCAGAGGAAUUUGGGCGAGUCUGACGAUCGAAUAGACCGUGUGUAUUACGAUUUCGACAAAAUUUCAUACUUCCUCGGCUAUAAUCAGGACCAGAAUACACCAAAGGAGGAACCAUACCGCUCCAGACUGAGUCUAGUUCAACUCCCUGUGCGCCUGAGCAUACCGAACCAUGAGCAUUAUGUUUCGGCUGAUUUAGAGCCACCUGAAGAUGACGGAACAUUAAUAUUUCUGACAUUGAUUGUUUCAGCAAUGAGGACUACCGCAAGGGCAUCCUCCAGAGUAAAAGCCUGCGAUCUUUUACUAGCAUUUUCUGAGCGCAUUACAGAUGAGGCAAAACUGGACCGAGUCCUUCCGUAUUUGAUGACGCUACUGAAGAAGGAUGAACCGGACAUCGUCAUUGUGUCCGCUAUACGAACUAUAACGCAAUUGCUGCAGAUGGUCCGGAUGAUAACACCAAUCAACUCACAUGUGUUGGCAGAUUACGUCUUGCCUCGCAUAGAAUCUACCAUGUUAGCGCGCGGACAAUCUGCUAGCUCCCUGGUUAGGGCAACAUAUGCCUCUUGCCUGGGGAGCUUAGCUACUACUGCGCUCCGAUUCCUAGAGCUGGCGUCGAGUUUGAGACCAGAGAGCUCCAUGACAAUAGCUGACCCGGAAGUAGAGCUAGGAACUGUGUCGGAUGCCAACUUUGACAGCAUGUUCGAUGAGGCUGGUAAACAUCUUUUUGAAGUGAUUGAAAAUCACACCAAACAGUUAAUCGAAGACCCAGACGUCUUCGUCCGCCGAGCAUUCUUGGCUUCGGUCCCGGAUCUAUUCAUGUUCUUUCAAGAGCAUGCCAACGAUGUACUGUUGACUCAUCUCAACACAUACUUGAAUGAUCGAGACUGGACGCUGAAGUGUGCUUUCUUUGACACAAUCGUGGGUAUUGCCACAUUCAUUGGAAGCACUACUCUCGAGGAAUUUAUGCUACCUCUCAUGGUGCAAGCACUCCAUGAUAGUGAAGAAUUUGUUAUUCAGUCCGCCCUGCACUCGCUAGCACAACUGGCUGGGCUUGGUAUGCUCUCCAAGAGUACAGUCUGGGACCUUGUGGAAACGAUUUCCAGGUUUACCAUGCACCCAAAUCUCUGGAUUCGAGAGUCGGCUGCCGAAUUCUUGGCGCAGUCAGUCAAGUUCCUUGACCAGGCUGAUAUAAAAUGCGUUUUCAUGCCAAUGGUGAAGCCGUUCUUGAAGAUAAACGCUUUGCCUGACUAUUCGGAGCUUACCAUUUUGGAUGCUCUAAAGAGUCCCAUCUCCCGAACUGUAUUCGAGCAAGCGACAAUUUGGGCCGCUAAGAGCGACCGAGGUUUAUUUUGGAAGUCGCUGAAGCAGGUCAAGUCUAUUGCCUUUGGAUCUGGAUCAACCAUGCCGAAGUCAGAUUCGAUGGGUAAACUUGCUCGGAACGACGAAGAUGAGCAAUGGCUGAGCAAACUUCGAAAUCUUGGAUUAAAGCCGGAUGAUGAGAUGAAGCUUUUGGCUCUCCGCGAGUUUAUUUGGAAAUUGAGCCGAUCGAAGAGCAGCCCUUCAUCACCCGCAGAGCCCAUCGUGGCUAACGGUCUAAUCUCACUGAAGAGCUUGGAUGUCAAACCUCAGACUGUUUUCUUCAACGAGCCUACACUGGACGACUCUUUAAUGGUACAAGAGCCCGACCCUUCUCAGGAACAGUACACGAUUGCGGACGCUUUGCUAGAUGCCUCGAUGACUAUUGAUGAUACGAUUGCCAAGCGACGACGAGGUCUUCACGGGCAGAAGAGACGGGUUCAAAGUGUAGGCCCGCGCCAAACAGAGGCCGCUACUCGAUUCUUGUCGCCGGCGGAUAGCUUUAGAGCGAGCUCACGGGAUUCUCGUAUUGUUUCCACCUCAUCCCAAAGGACAGAUGACAGCUCGUCCGUUCAAGAAGACCCGUAUGCUAUGAGGAGAGCAAUCCGACAGCAGUCAAGCGCUUUGAGUCUUCUCGAUAGGAAGGACGGCAAUAAGUCCAUCGCGGAGACGGGUAUGACCGGGGCUAAUGCUUUUGGAGAAGUCGAGAAAGCCUUUGGGCCUGCUGCAGCUGGAGCAGUGUCACCGACGAGGACUGCCGCUGGUGAAGACACAGCAAGUAGGAAAGCCCGCCACACUUACGAAGGGAAUGACCCUAAUAUCCAGCUUAUGCUGGAUAACAUGUAUGUGGAUAACUUUCCACGAGAUGUGAUUGAGUUUGGACCUAUGGUCGAACCAGUCUCCCGGAGCAAGAACAGAGCCAUCAGUGCUAGUUCUUCUGAUGACCGAUGGAAGCCAGCAGGUCAGCUUGUGGCGACUUUUGGAGAACAUAAAGGUCCCAUUAACCGCAUUGCCGCGUCUCCCGAUCACAUGUUCUUUAUUACUGGAGGCAAUGACGGCGCUGUAAAGGUCUGGGACACUGCUAGGCUGGAGCGCAACAUCACCCACCGAUCACGCCAAACGCACAAGCAUGAUGAUGGUGCGCGUGUAACAGCUCUGUGCUUUGUUGAAAACUCGCACUGCUUUAUUAGUGCCGCCAGUGACGGUAGCGUACACGUUGUCAAGGUUGACACAGUGGCGGCAAGCGACGUCAUCCGCUAUCCAAAACUCCAUCUCUUGCGAGAAUAUCAGCUGCCAAAAGGAGAGCAAGUGGUCUGGUGUGAGCAUUUCAAGCAUGAAUCAAGCUCUGUACUUGUAAUUGCGACAAACAAGUCACGCAUUAUUGGUGUAGAUCUGCGAACAAUGGCGUUGCUCUACACUUUGGAGAACCCUGUACAUCAUGGCACACCUACGUGCUUUUGCAUAGACAAGAAGAGGCACUGGCUUUGCGUCGGCACAUCCCACGGUGUGGUAGACUUGUGGGAUCUGCGAUUCAAAAUGCGACUCCGCGGCUGGGGGCUGCCUGGAAAGACGCCUAUUUACAGGAUGGCCGUCCAUCCCACCAAAGGGCGCGGCAAAUGGAUCUGCAUCUCUGGAGGAACUGUGCUAGGAGAAGUGACAGUUUGGGAUCUUGAGAAGACGACGUGCCGCGAAAUAUACAGGACGAGCGGAUCCAAGGACGGACCUAAGGGCUACACGGCCUGGAACGUGGACGAAGAACGCCCUGAAGGCAUGCUUGCGUCCUUUGCGACCGAUUUGGAGAGCAACGAAAGUACAAAUACCGACAGAGGAGUCCGAGCCAUGGCCAUCGGCACAUCUACUUCGGGCGAUUCGCGUGACGUUCGCCAUGCGUUUAUAGUAACUGGUGGCUCCGACAAGCGGCUUCGAUUCUGGGACAUUGGGCGUAUCGAGAACUCGUGCGUCUAUAGUGGCCUACAGAAUGAAGAGUCACCGCCAACAUUCUCCAAUGCUCAGUCUACAUCGACAACGUCGUUGAACAUUGAGAGACUUCCUCGCACGUCGGCUCCCAACUCUACAUCUGCCACGCAAGGUCGAUCUAAGAGUGCUAGCAGUGCAAGACCGCCUAGAUCUACAGUCAUUUCACUCCAGCAACAGCAGCUGUUACAGUCGCAUCUGGACUCGAUCUUGGACGUGGUGUUGUUGGAGUCGCCUUAUACAAUGAGCGUCUCGGUAGAUAGAUCUGGUGUUGUGUUUGUGUUUCAGUAA